CCCCGUCAACACUAGCACAAAUCAAGAGUGUACGGUGUGGGGUAGAUCUCAUCCCGUGCGGCUCCGCAUCACAUCGGGUCCGCAUGGCCCGACCCAAAGGCCAGCUAGCUCGACAAGUCAGAAAAGGAGACCGAUCUUCAUGCAUGGGGCAUAUAUGGUAUGGAUCUUGCCGAUCAGACGGAGGUUCGGGGGGUAGGCUUAGCUGCAUCCUAGUACCAGAGCGUCUAGUCAACGGAUCCACCGUUUGUUCUCGUCGUCGAGAUCGAGCUACGCUACCAUGGGACCGGGGGACCCCGGAGCCAGAGCCAGAGCCAGGGAGCUUUCCCCGCCUUUUUUCUGGGCUUUAGAUCUGGAGACUGUAGACUGUAGAACUGGAGGAAACCUGGGGAGGAAUACGCCAUGCCCGCUUCUCCGCAUCGGGCAAGGGCUAGGGGGUGUUUGCUGUUAGGGGUUGUCUGCAAGCUUCCUUUCUGCCGCGCCAAUCAUACAGGCUGGUCUGGGGAAGCUUGCUCGUUUUGUUUUUUAUAAGAAAGUCCGUCCCCUGUCUCAUUUAACUAAGACGUGUGUCCCCCUAUCUAUCUUGCUCCUUGGUUUUGUUACACUCCAUCUUCUUCUGUUCAAUCUUGAUACCAUCCAAACCCUCCAGAGCUCAAGGCACCAUGUCCGACAUUAGUCAGAACGGCGAGACCAAAGGCGCUGCCGAUGGCAGAGGCAAUACCUACCAUCUCUCCCACGUCCCUACAUCGGUCACCCUGACGGCCGAGCAGUUCGAGAGGCUGUAUCUGACCCCCAUGACGCGCCAACAGCCCGCGCUGGCCAAGUCUGUGGGAAAUCCGACGCCAUUGGCCCUCGGCGGCUUUGUGAUCACCACGACACCCCUUUCCUGCUGCCUCAUGGCCUGGCGAGGCGCGAGUGGGAAUGGAGUUGCGUUCAUUGGUCCCAUCGUCUUCCUCGGCGGUCUCCUCCUGCUCAUCACGAGUAUCCUCGAGUUCAUCCUUGGAAAUACCUUCCCCUGUGUUGUUUUUGGCACCAUCGGUGGAUUCUGGUUCGCCUUCGCCGCUACGAUGAUUCCCUCGUUCAACGCCGCCGCCCCCUACUCCUCGUCCUCCGAUACAGCAGCCGGUCUUGCGAGCGCCAGUUUCAUGAAUACAUAUGCAUUCCUCUUCAUAACAAUGGCCAUCCUCAUGCUCAUCUUCCUCAUCUGCGCCACACGCACAAACCUCGUCUACACAUUCAUCUUCCUCACCCUCCUCCUCGUUUUCCUCUUUCUCUCCGCGGGAUACUGGCGCCUUGGCGAGGGGGAUGCGGUGGUGGGGGAUCGGUGUGUCAAGGGCGCCGGCGCAUGUCUUUUCGUCGCGAGUCUCCUGGGUUUCUACCUCCUCAUCGCACAGCUGUUCGAAGCCGUGGGGUUGCCGAUUACGCUUCCUGUUGGGGACUUGGAUCGGUUCUGGACGCGAGGGCAGAGGAAGAGCGAUGGGGCUGAGGAUGCGGAGUUGACUACGGCUUAGCUUGACCACCAAACAGGCUUCGAGGUGUAGUUGAGUGGAGCCUAUGCAAAUGGACAUCGAUGAAAUGGGAGUGUUCAUAAGGUUGUAAAGAUGGCGCAGGGGGGUACGAUUCUACAGCCGAGGUAGCUGUGGACUAGGAGUUGGCACAGAGCCUCUGCAGUUGGGCGAAAGGGUUUGAUCCGGGGAAAUCCAUGGGAGGCAGGGCAGCCUGGAGGGGUAUGGGCUAUCGUUAUAAAAUUUAAUCAUCAUCCUUUCAUUAGCUAGCCUGGUGCGGUACAAAUUGAUACCAUGCACUUUUUUUUCUUUCUUGCCCUUGCUGAUGGCCUUACAGGGCAGCUUCUUUACACUAAACCCAAGGGGAGAUAUCAUCUAGGUCAUUCCACUU